AUGUUCCUCUCGCAGAUCCAUGAAUUCCACCAACUUCAACAGUUGAUAAAUAAGUAUGCCGCCGCGUCCAAUGCCUCUCUCAACUAUCACAAGACGCAAGCAUUGUCUCUCUCUGGUGUACCGCACGAAUCCUGGAUUCUCGGCCUUCGCGCGUCUGGUAUCUCGUCUUGGCAUGACCAGAAUGCUACCGCUCCCAUCAUCUAUCUCGGAUACCCUAUUUGUUCAUCUACCGCUCAAAAGAACUCAUAUUUCGAUGCUCUUCUCACUCGUCUCCGGGACUUUUGUCGCCUUCAUUCGGUACGCAACCUUACCUUUCGAGGACGGGUUACUGUUCUCAAUUCACUCUUGUUCUCUAAAGUGUGGCAUAUUGCACGCUUGUUUCCUUUUUCGGCUAACGAUAUUCACAAGCUACAACAGCUGGGCGCCUCGUUCGUUAACCAAAAUGCCAAACUAACUCGAUUCUCUUUCGCUACUCUCUGCCUCCCUCGUUCUCAUGGCGGCCUUGGUCUUUUGGAUCCUGCUGUGCAGAUCAACGCCCUUCAGUGGCGCUGGCUUCAUCCACUUUUGCACCCAUCCGAUCCCACUCCUCCUACCAAGACUUCUCUUCCUUAUCUCCGUGUCAUCCUCAACUUCUUCCUCGCUACUCCCUCAUACCCCACCUACCACUGGUCUCUCCUCUUUCCUGCCUGUAGACCAUCAAGCGCCAGAAAGGUCAUCGCUCCUCUCUACAACAUUCUUCGCGCCGUAGAUACCAUUGUUCGUAAGUUUGGUGUCUGUCAUGUUUCCUUCAGUACUUGUCUACGCCUGCCAUUUUCGACCUUGGUUGAACAUAACCUUCCACCCAACCAUAGCUUAUCGCCUACAUUUCGCUCACCAAAGGAAGUGGUAAAACACUACCCCAGAGUGCUUCAACUUACAGGUAAUGAUGUUUUCAUCUUUGAUACCACCACUCAAGCUCUUCAACUUCGCACUUCGGUCAUUGGCCUACCCCACCAACCCACCAGCUUACGCGCUAUCAAUUUUCUUCAGGCUCAAAACCUACUGCUCACCAACUUCAUUCACUUCAACAUGUUGCUCCUUGUCCCUCGUCCAAACAUCACACAUAUCGACCUCUCCACCAUCACCAACUAUUCCGAUAGUAUCAGCCUCGUAUCCACCCUUCUACUCUCUUUAUUGGCAACUUCAUUUUCUUUUGAGUCUCAUUCAUUCCUUUUAUCCCUCCCUACUAAUCAAGGAUUCAAAUCCCUCCCCCUUCACACUAACCCUUCCUCUUAUUCGUCCCCUUUAGGUGUUGCCAAAUGGAAGCAGUUUUGGACUCUCCAGAUUCCUUUGAAUGCUCGCAAUACUUGGUUCCGGAUCCUUCAUGAAAAAGUUACUACUCGUCAAUUAUUACAUCAACGGCUUCGCGAUUCAUUUACCCCGUACUGUCCUCACUGUCAGUCUUCGUCAUCCACAAUCCCCACCAUCAUCGAAGAUACUGAGCACUUCCUCUUUUCCUGUCCUCGAAAAUUGGACGUCUGGCGACAAACUCUCUCUCUUUACAUCUCACCUCGAUUCUCUUACUUUGCGUACGAGGAAUACAUUGCCAUCCUCCACCUUCGCCUCGAUAUUGACCGCUCAUCUCAUGAACUUUUUCCUGCAUUAUCCGUGUUCCAGGUCUUUGCUUGCAUCCAACAGGCUAUCUGGUCUGCUCAUUACCGCCAAGUUUUCCAGCACGUCCCUUUCAUCCCGUCUACUGUCAUCCACUCCAUUCAUCGUACUCUCCUCAAUUUAGACUCCCAACUUUCCUUCGAUACAAUUAUCUGA